AUGAACAUCUUCAAGUUAGUGGCCCUCGGCUGCUUGAGCUACUUGGCUGAGGGCUGUAAGACCUUCUGUUCUAGGAACUACCGCCCUGUUUGCGGCUUCGAUGGGACCUGUUACACGGAAGCCAGAAAUGCCUGCUUUAUGAAGAACGUGAACUGCUUAAGAGUUGCCAAGGAGGAGAAAGUGUUUAAAAAUGUCCGCCAUGGCAUAUGCCAACAGACGCUGCCAAUAUGUAAACUGUUGCCUGAUGACGAAAGUAAACCAUAAACAGAUAUUUCAUCAAGGGUUCUAUGACUAUAACCACAUUAAGGCGACACUA